AAAGUCAAGCGUGGUUUAAUCGACAUGAUACCAUGCCGGAAUGUAGAUAAUAUAGGUUUAUGACAUUAUGUGAGUCAGCAAAUCUAUACUACAAUUAUAUAUUCUGACAGUAUCAGAAAAAUUAACACAGUACCCAUUCAAUUCCCUUUAUCUACUACAUCUCUCCUGCGUGGGUGGUCAACAAAGUACUACGCUUGUCGACUCCUUCCCGGGCAGUUAGGCCGAUCCACCCUGCCCUGCCCCGACCUCUUUUUCUCUCUUUCCCAUUUUCUUCUUCUUCAUUUCAUUUCCCCAAUGUGCGCCGCCGUGCUGGAGCGCUCCCUCAUUCGGCCCUCCCCCGCCGCCGUGACGGAGCUCACUCUUCCCCUCCUCCACUUCGACCUCAGCUGGAUCUACUUCCCCCCCAUCCACCGCCUCCUCUUCUUCGAUCUCCCCCAUCCCCACUGCUCCCGCCAUCAUUUCCUGCAAUUCAUCGUCCCCCGCCUCAAACACUCCCUCCUCCUCACCCUCAACCAUUUCCUCCCCCUCGCCGGAACUAUUGUCCACCCCAUCGCCUCCUCCGCCAGGCCCUUCUCCCGAUUCCUCCUCGGCGACGCUGUCUCCCUCACCAUCGCCGAGUGCAACAAGGACUUCAAACACCUAACCGGAAAUCACCCCCGCGUCUCCGACGAGUUCUACGCCUGCGUCCCUCGCCUUCCUCCGGCGACGAACACCCCCGACGCCGUCCUCUUCCCCGUCCUCGCCUUGCAGGUCACGCUCUUCCCCGAUCACGGCGUUUGCCUCGGCUUCGCCAAUCACCACGCCAUUGGCGACGCCAGCACCAUCGUCCGUUUCAUCAAAGCCUGGGCCUCCGUCAAUCGAUUCGGCGGCGACCGGCGGCUGAUCGACGAAAAAUCGCUCCCCUUCUACGACAGGACUUCCGUGGAGGAUCCCGACGGAUUGGACUCCACCUACUGGAAUCUCCUCAAAAAACCGCUGCCGGUGGAGCCCCGGCCGCCGCCGUUCCCUCUCAACAAAGUCCGGGCGACUUUCGUCAUCACAAGAGACGACGUGGAGAAGAUCAAAGGCUUUCUCCUCACGAGACGACCGGAAAUGCACAUCACCGCCUUCACGGUGACCUGCGCCCUGGUUUGGGUGUGCCUGGUGAAGGCGGAGACGGAGGCGGUUGCAGACGACGAGCCGGAGUACUUCGGAUUCGCCGCCGAUUGCCGCGGCCGGCUGAACCCGCCGCUGCCGGCGACGUAUUUCGGGAACUGCCUGGCGUUCGUGAAGGCGGAGUCAACUCACGGUUUGUUGAGAGGGAAGGACGGAUUCAUGGUGGCGGCGGAGAGGUUGGGGCAGGCGAUACAGAAGACGGUGUACAACGAGAAGGGGAUUCUGGACGGGGCGGAGCAUUGGCCGGCGGAGUUCAGGAAGCUGAAGGGGAAGCGGCUGUUCGGAGUGGCGGGGUCGCCGAGAUUCGAUCUGUACGACGCCGAUUACGGUUGGGGGAGGGCGAGGAAGUUCGAAUCGGCGUCCAUUGACGGCGAGACGUCGAUGUCGCUCUGCAAGUCGAGGGACUGCGAUGGUGGUUUGGAGUUCACUCUCUCCCGCCCCAAGAACAAGUUGGAUGCAUUCGCAGCAGUCUUCACCCUCGCUCUGCGGAAACUCUGAAUUCAAUUCCAGAUCACAAUUGCAAUUCACAAAUCAGCCUACGUUGACUAUUGAGGUAGUAGAAGUCAAAGGCAUGUGAUAAAGGUUGAAUCUUGAAGAUUGACUAAUUCUAAGUAUCAAGAACCGAAGUUAUUCCAUCCUGGUCGGAUUCUGGAGAUGCCGUAUAUCACUUACUUUGAAAUACUUGUAUAGAAUUAGUAAUUUUUUUUAUUUGUUAGUGUUUUAGUAACAAAUUUUAUAGCAAAGAGUGAGUGGUUAAAAGGCUAAUAAAAAGUUUGGUAGGUAGACCGAACUUUCACAUUUAAUAUAAUAAAAUUAAUUACUGAAA